AUGGCUACCCAAGUCUUCAUUGCCCAUACGGGCCAGCGACUGCAGGUCCAAACGGCGCAGUUCACGACUCUCGAUGAUUUCAAGACCUGGGUCGUCCACAAUAGCUCCGUCUCACCGCAGCACCUCAUCGCUCUGACCCCCCAUGGCCGGAGCCUCAAACCUUCCAGUCUCUACUCUGAGCCAUCUUCACCCGAUAGCGUCUCGUCCGUUAUCUCCCAGGUGCCUCCACCGAAACGAUAUACCAUCUCAAAUGCGCCCAACACGAUAGAUGAUGUUCAGGAUAUUGCAUCAUGGCAGGAGCUCUAUAAAGAACGUCGAACAUGGGCCGUCACCCUGCUAGCGGACUGCGCCGCCAUGAACACCACGGCGACGUCGUGCUUUGAGCAGAUGGAUGUCAUGAUCAAGUGCCUGGAUGCUGCCGUUGCCAAUCUCGAGAUUAGUGUCAAGCAAAUCGAGCCCAAAUACGUCGAGUUAAAGAAAUGGGUUGAUCCUGCGUUGGUGGAGCAUGACCGUCUGGCGUCCUCGUGGCAGGCCUACCUUGCUUUGGCGAGGAGUGUCCCCGUCUCGUCCUCUGUUGUCAAAUUUAUGACCAGAGGCCAGGUUGCCAAGGACGAGCCUACACUUGAGGACUUGGUUGAGCCUGAGACGGCCAAAAAGGCUGGUAAGCUGGCCUCCACGGCACGUCGCAGGUUCAGCGAUAAGGCUGCCGAACUGCAAAAGAUGUCCGACAAGAUGUACAGGGCUCUCAACGAGCUAUUCGACGAUUUUGGAAAGUUGACGAGCCGCUCCGUUCUUGGCCGAUCCGAUGAUACUUCCCACCUGCUCGAGGAUAUCGAGGUUAUCGUCGGGCAAAUCGAUUCCGACUACCGCACAGCGCUUGGCUACGGAGGCUCACAGCGUGACGUUGCACAGGCCUCUAAGACAGCGUCCAACCACACAGAGAGACUCGUACCGAACCUCAUGAAGCGCGCCAAGGAAAUGGACGAUAUGGUGCAGUAUGCUGUCCAGUGUCGGAACACUAUAGCCUCGGACACGGUCAGGUUUAUGCGAGCUAUAACAGAUAUCACCUCGUAUCGCUCCAACUUCAAGGAUCAGAUCAAUGCUAUGAACCAGUCCGAAGACGAUCUGACAACCUUCGACUACUUGCGACUUAUCCAGCAGCUGCCAUAUAUGUAUGCGUCUUUUCUGGCAGAGGCUAUCCGUCGUCAUGAGUGGAACGAUAAGAUCAAAAACGACUCAUCGACCCUGGCCAACGAGAUGGCCCUCUAUCAGGACGAGGAAUCGAAAAGGCGGCGAAAAUGGCAGAAGAUGGUUGGAAGCACCUAUGGUCCCUCACUGGAUACAAAUGUAAUGGGCUUGGAGGUCAGCGUCCUCGGCGGGAGCAAUCCCUGGCCAGUUGUGAACAAGAAUGAGCUGGAGAAUUUCCUACAGACCCUCAAGGGCCUGGAUACGGAACAGGCAAUUCUGGAUGACAUCAGUCAGCUCUUGCACGAGCUCCUCAACCCCACGAAGCAGCAGCUAAAACGAUUCAAGGCGUUCAAGAAUGGCAGCAUCCAUGAGUCUUCGCUGGGGAGGAGUGGUCUCAUGAUCCGCGGCGACGACGAACUCAUGCGCUCUCUGCAGGAUGACAAAUCCAGACUUGAGAGCAAGAGCCAGGCCUUUCGACCUGGCAACUUGUUCCAAGCCCAGAUGACCUCGAUUCAUGAAAGAAACGGUUCCACCUCUUCCGUCAAGCAAGGUGUCCAUGAGCGUAGCCGCUCUUCAUCAGACGCCACAGACGCACUUGCGCGGAGGAACGCGGAGCUCGAGAACGAACUCCGGCAAGAGAAGGAGCGCAAUGACCGCAUUCAGAAAGACCUCAGCACACGGGCGACACAAAACAAUGACAUGGAAGAUAAGAUUCAAGAGGUUAACUCUACGAAGAAGGACCUUUUGGAAAACAUGGAAGCACUGAAACGAGAGUUUGUGGAGGAACGGAAAUCUCUCGAGGACGAGAUCAAGACGCUCAAGGCCCGCCUCGAAGACACAGAAGUUGAACUGGAGCAGUUCGGUGACUCACGAGACGAGGAGAAGGCCACGUACUCGGAAAGGGUCCAACACUUAGAAGCCGAACUCGACCGUUCUGAGAAGGAGAGGAAAGACGAAGCACUCAAAGCCCAAGGACAGGUCGAAUUUCUUCGCAACGAGGCACGUAUUCAAAGGGAGCAGCGCGACUCGAUUGAACGCGAGUUGGAGGAGGCAAAGAAGCAGGGGCAAAGCCACUCAAAGAAAGCCGAAGAGACGCAGGAGAUUGCCAAUGGCUACUUGCAGAGCCUCAAGGCACUUCACCUCCAGCUUUGCCCUGAAGAUAUGGUCCCGAGUGACUCAGACCUAGCUGAUAGCGUGCAGACCAGGGUGACAGAUUGGCUUGGUCGUUUCCGGAAUAUGGAGAGCGAUAGUGCCCUUGUUCGCCAAGAGCUCGAGCAGGCGCGCAGCCAGGUCAAGGAGCUGCGCGGAGAGCUUGCGUCUACCAAAGAGCAGCUCGCUUCUAAAGAGACAUCGACCCGGGAAGCAUGGAAGAAUGCAACAGAGACCAAAGCCAGGAAACGUGUAGACGAGGAGGAGAAGAAGAUGGCAAGCCUCAAGGAGGAACUUGCUUCUCGCCAGUCACAGGUGGGAAGGCUUGAGGAAGAGCUCAUCCUGCGCAAGGAGAAGCUAGAUUCGACCGAGAGCAAGCUAUCAGAGCUCACGGCGCGGUAUGAAAGUCGCGACGAGAGGUCUAUGGACCUGACGCGCCGGCUGUACUCGCAGAACGACCGCAUGUGCCACCUCCUGGAGCGCAUAGGAUAUUCUGUGUCCCGCAAGGAUGCUGAGAUGACUAUCACCAAGGUUCCGCGAGCGGAGAGGGCUGCGCAGAACCCCAACGACUCUUCUGACCCCGGUACUUCGCUUCGUAAGUCGGCGACGCUCGGCGCCAAGGCUCUGCAUGAAAGCGCAGACCUGGAUCUGCUGUAUUGGCCAAGCAGCGCAGACGCCAAAACCGAGGCCGACAAAUAUUCAUUGUUCCUCAAGAAGCUCGGGGACUUUGACACGGAUGCCUUCUCAGAUACGGUCGUUCGGCGGAUCAAGGAGGUUGAGUACAAGGCACGCAAGUGGCAGAAGGAUGCCCGGUCGUACAGGGAUCGCGCGCACGCUUUGCAGAGGGACUCGCACGACAAGAUUGCCUACAAGCACUUUAAAGAAGGCGACCUGGCGCUCUUCCUUCCGACCAGGAAUCAGCAGGCGGGAGCGUGGGCCGCCUUCAACGUCGGGUUUCCACACUACUUCCUCCGGGAGCUCGACGGGCACCGGCUGCGAAACCGUGAGUGGCUCGUGGCACGCAUCACGCGCAUCCAGGAGCGUGUUGUGGACCUUUCUAAGAGCCUGCAGCAAGGCGAGCCGUCAGCCAAUGAGGGGGAGAACGAUAACCCCUUCCAGCUGUCAGACGGUCUACGGUGGUACCUCAUCGAUGCGCAGGAGGACAAGCCGGGGGCCCCAGCCACGCCGGGUAUGGGACGGUCGACGGUGGCGGCCAACACGGUGGAAGCAACAGCCAACCUGCACACGCACGCGACUGGCGUUUCGGGUAAGGGCAAGAAACGCGACAGCGUGGCGAGCAUCGAGGGUAUUAACAAGACGCUGUCUAAGAGCCUCGAGAGUCGACGCAGCAGCUCGAGCUCGAAGAGGGCGCUACCGUUUGCCGGCGGCCAAUCGUCACUGCUUAAGAGCAACCCGAUUACUAGCGAGACAAACUCCCUCCGUGCUGGUGCCGGUGCUUCGGGAGCUCCAGGUACGCCGACAGCGGGCACGAGCCCGGUCCAGACCGGGCAUAUGUCUACGAAACCUGAAGGCUCUGGAGCAGCAACGACGACAGCGGCCAAGGAACCAGCCAAGGUGAAUUCCAAGGCUGACGGCGAAACAGCGCAGAAGAAGCAGGCUGGGUCAUCUGGUGGGCAAGGGGGAGAAGCCUCCAAGAUAACCGAGCCAAACAGGAGACUCGAACGGGAAGAGUCGGCGGGUAGCUCGACGAAAAAGUCGGUUGUAUGGGACCCCCUGUGGAAGCUGGACUAUACAUACGAGAGCCAAUCCAAGAAGACAUGA